UAUAAAUUACUGAUGCCCAUAUUUUCCACGUGGUAUUUACAAUUGCUUUGAAAAAAAUUAGAAUUGGGUUGGUUUCAAAAAGAAUAUUUAUUGAAGACGUUUACCAUUGGUAUCACAAAUAAUUGUAUAAAGAUUAGAAUAUUAGAUAAAGCCGUUUUAAUGAUUAGUUGAAACUUGUAUUUAUUUAUGUUUUUAAAUCUAAGUUUAUUAAGUCAUCAAAUUUCUACAUUACUAUAACUUCGGAAAACUGACUUAAUUUGAGUUUUGCAUUCCUAAUCUUAAUGGAAAAUUAAAGACCUCUAAUAACUAAAGAUAAAAAAAAAAGUGCUUCUAUGAAGCAUUAUGAAACAUGGAUAAUCGUCUCUUACAUCUAUUAACAUCCAGUGAUUCAUCAGAAGUUCAGCAACAUAUUCUCAAAUACUUUGAAGAAUUUAAAAAACAAGAUCAAGGAUGGCAGUUAUGUGCCAAUGUACUUGAAAGCAAUAUCUAUAGAGAUGAGCGUGUACAAUUUUUUUGUUUACAAGUACUAGAAGCCCAUAUCAAGACCAGGUAUGCACAAAUUGAAGAUUCUAUGAAAGAAAAUUUAAAAAGUUGCUUACGAAAGUGGUAUUUUCAAUGUUGCAUAACUCAACAGAAGAACUUUAUUCUCAACAAGACCUCUCAUUUGUUAUGUUUGGUAUUUAUACAAGAAUACCCUAAUAAAUGGACCUCAUUUUUCACUGAAAUGUUGGAACUUCUUGAAAAAGGACCUCUUGCUGUGGAUUUAUACUUGCGUGUACUUCUUGCUGUUGAUGAAGAAGUUGUUGCUCGUCAUAUACCACAUACUCAACAGGAACUAGAGCGAAACACAACAAUUAAAGAUUAUAUGCGGGAUCACUGCAUUAAUGACUUAGUUGAAUCUUGGUAUCAAAUUUUACAACUUUAUGAGCAAGCUGAUACUAGUAUUGUUUGCUUAUGCUUAAAAGUGAUGGGAGCAUUUGUUUCUUGGAUAAACAUAAAUCUUAUUGCAAAUGAUCGGUUUAUAAGUCACUUACUUGGCUAUCUAAGUAACGAGAAACUUCGUGGAUCAACAUGUAGUUGCUUUCUAGAGAUAAUAAAUAAAGGAAUGGAACCUGCUCCAAAGACCCAAUUGGUUAAAUCACUUGCUAAAGUUUUAGAAAACACUGGAGUUCUUUCUGCUAACAUUGAGGAUGAAACUGAUUUUACUGUAAAGUUGUCUUCAUUAAUCAAUGGGAUGGGGGUUCAACUCAUAUCUAGCUUUAACAAGUUAUCAAAAAUUGAAUCAGAAAGUGGUUUGAAGAUUGAAAUUCUUGAUGCAAUAGACACAAAUGUUUUGCCAAUGUUAAGAUUUCUUGGUGAUGAUGAUGAUGAUGUUUCUGAAGCAGUUUUUGAGUUUUGUCAUGGUUACCUGAAUCUUUUAAAGCAACUUAAUGGCACCAGCUUAUGCGCAAAUAAACGUAUCAAAGAUAUCAUCUUGGUAGUGAUAAAAAAACUGAAAUUUGAUGAAGAUUUUGACUUUGAAAAUGAAGGUGACGAUGAAGUGGAUUUUUUAGAAUACCGAAAACAAAUGAAAGUUCUUUUUAAUUAUCUUGCUAAAUUGGAUGGCAAGUUGUUUAUUUCAUCCAUAUAUGAAAUUACGGACUGUACUUUCAAGAAUUGGCGACAACUGCCAUUUAAAGAUGUAGAGGUGGCUGUUUACAUACUUUAUUGUCUGGGUGAAGCAUUUCCUGCUCAGGAGUUGUUCACUGAUACAUUAUAUUUUUCUCUGUUCCAGAACAUGAUGUGUUUGUUGAUUGACAGCAACAUCAAUGAGCACAAACACAGCGCUAUAAAACUUCAGUUCUUUGAGACAGUCACUCGCUAUGAGAGAUUUUUUUAUGCUCAAACACAGUAUAUUCCAACAGUAUUAAUUGCUUUUUUGGAUGAGCGUGGACUAAAAAAUUUAGAUUGUGCUGUUUCAAGUCGUGCAAGCUUCUUGUUAAUGAGAUUUAUUAAAUCACUAAAAAAUCAAAUGCAACCUUAUGUUGAAGAUGUGUUCAGAAGAAUUCAAGAAAUUUUAGGAGCGCAAAAUGAGAAAAUUGUUGGUAUUUCAGAAAAUGAUAAGUACUAUUUAUAUGAAGUUGCAGCAAUUCUUGUAACAUGCAGCAAUGCAAAUCAAGAAAAACAAUUAAUAAUGAUGGAAUCCUUGACUUCGCCAGUAGUUCUUUUGUUUCAACAAUAUAUUGAACAGAUCUCAUGUGGGUUAAUCAAAGAUGAUGAAGAAAUUCAAGAAAAGGCUCUUGCAUUACAUCAUAUGAUAGCAUACCUAAGUCGUGCGAGUAAGGCUUUUGGGACAGCACAAAGUAUGAAACAAAGUGGAUGUACCCCAUGUUUUACAAAGGCUUUAAGUAUUUUUCUACAUUCUUUAUCUAUGCGAGUUCAUCGUGAUUUGAUUCAUGAUGCAUGUCGACAAUAUCUUCAUCGUAUGAUUAUAUGUCUUGGUGAUCAAGUUUUGCCAUUUAUACCAAUUGCUGUAAACAGUCUUUUAAAAGAUUGUGAGAUGCGUGAUAUUCAAGAAUUCAUUCCAUUGAUUAACCAGCUUAUUACUCGGUUUAAGAGUAACAUUGCUCCAUUUUUGAGUGAAAUAUGCAUGCCUUUAGUUUCACAGAUUUUUGCAUUUAUUAGAGUUGCUAUAGAACCUAAUGAUUUACAGGCAAUAAAGGAAAAACAGUUGCUGCAGAGAAGUUACUUUCUGUUCAUUUCAACAAUUGUUAAUUCAAAUAUACUAGAAGUUAUUACUAAUCAGGAAUCAAGUAAUGUUAAGGAAAUAUUACUUUCAAUUGUUCAUGGUGCUGUUGAAAUACCAGAUCCACAGAGUCAAAAAACAUGCUUCAUAAUUCUUUGUAAACUAGUGGAAAGCUGGGGUAAUGAAGAUACUAUAAAAGAGUUUCUCUAUGACAGCAUUUUACCUGCAUGUUUUAUGGCGCCUUUAAAUUCUGCAUUUGAUUUAGAAGAUGCUCAAACAGCUUUUGUACUACAAGAAAUAUCAAACACUCAAAAGAUGUGUUUACAAAAAAGAGGAGUUGAAGUCAUUCAGUGGCUAGAGCAAAUUUUUCUUCCAAGGAACAAUUGUCCUCCAGUUGUGAUCCAAGAAUAUUCUCAAGCCCUACAAAAUAUGAAUGCUAAAGCUUUUAAAAACUAUUUAUCUGCAUUUUAUAGUCGCUGGAAAACAUAAGAUAUUUGAAUUCUAGUUUUUUUGAAAAUCUCAUGCAUAGGCUCUUAUGGAAUUGAAUUUCAAGAUUUUUUAAUGGAUUUAACAAAUUAGACGAUAACACAAAUAAACAAUUUUAGUUGUUAUAAAUAAAAACUUAAAAAUUAUAGUUAACAAAUUUCAAUAAA